CCAACACCUUUCGGAUGAAAAUACUUAAUGCACCCACAAAACAUGAGUAAAUGCAGUGGCAGACCUGCCUAGUAGUGCCUAUCUCCCUUCUAUAUAUUUUGUCACCCACUCACUGGUUUUACUUGUACUCAUCAAGCAAAACAUAGCAAAAAAGAAAAAUGGCAAAAUCAGCAGAGGAAGAGAACCAACAAAAAGCUUUUGGUUGGGCUGCUACUGAUAAUUCUGGAAUCCUCUCCCCUUUCAAUUUUUCCAGAAGGGAAAAUGGUGAUGAUGAUGUCACUUUAAAAAUUCUUUACUGUGGAGUGUGCCAUUCAGACCUACAUACUUUGAGAAAUGACUGGGGUUUCUCCUUUUACCCUGUUGUUCCUGGGCAUGAAAUUUCAGGUGUUGUGACCGAAGUGGGGAAGAAUGUGACAAAAUUCAAUAUUGGUGACCGGGUUGGGGUUGGGGUUUUGGUUGGUUCCUGCAAGACAUGUGAAUGCUGCGAGCAGGAUCUGGAGAACUACUGCCCUCGUAUAAUAUUUACCUACAACUCUUACAAUCCAGAUGGGACAAAAAAUUAUGGUGGUUAUUCGGAUAUGAUUGUGGUUGACCAGCGCUAUGUGCUACGGUUUCCUGAUAACUUGCCACUGGAUGCGGGUGCACCAUUGUUAUGUGCAGGGAUCACAGUGUACAGCCCUAUGAAGUAUUAUGGAAUGACCGAGGCAGGCAAGCAUCUAGGUGUUUCUGGACUUGGUGGGCUUGGUCAUGUUGCUGUGAAGAUCGGUAAGGCCUUUGGAUUGAAAGUCACUGCCAUUAGUAGCUCCCCACAGAAGGAGUCUGAAGCAAUCAAUAGACUUGGUGCUGACUCAUUCCUUGUUUCUAACGAUCCGGAAAAAAUGAAGUCAGCUAUUGGUACCAUGGACUAUAUCAUUGACACAGUGUCUGCGGUCCAUCCCCUACUUCCACUGCUUAGUCUGCUGAAGGUGAAUGGAAAAUUGGUCACUGUGGGAUUGCCUAAUAAGCCACUCGAAUUGCCUGUUUUUCCUUUAGUCAUGGGACGGAAGCUUAUUGGAGGAAGUGAUGUUGGAGGGAUGAAAGAAACUCAGGAGAUGCUAGACUUCUGUGCCAAGCACAAUAUCACUGCAGAUAUCGAGCUGAUUCGGAUAGAGGAAAUCAAUACGGCCAUGGAAAGGCUUGCUAAAUCUGAUGUCAGAUACCGAUUUGUGAUUGAUGUGGCAAAUUCCUUGUCACAGUAGGGUUCAUUGUGAAGGAACUAGUCCAGUAAGUUUAAAGAUUAUGAUCUUAAUGGAGAAGAGAAAACAGAUGAACUUUGAUGGCUUGGGACUUGUAAUGCUAUAUAAUAAUAAUUUAUAUGAAAUGAUUUUGUGGUGUUCUGCUUCA